AUGACUACGAGAAAAAAGCUGACGAGCCCAGCUCUCUACUCUAUCGCAUGGGUCGCUGCGUUACCUAUCGAGCGGGCUGCGGCGACUGCUCUCCUCGACGCUCGUCAUGACGAACCCGGUGGUUUCGAUCAGCACGCCAACGACGCCAAUGUCUAUGAUUGGGGAGAAAUCGGACAGCAUAAUGUGGUGAUUGCUUCACUUCCUGCAGGGGUGUACGGCACAACCUCAGCUGCAAUCACAGCAUCUCACCUACUAUCUUCACUGCCUCAUAUUAGGAUCGGUCUGCUUGUGGGCAUCGGAGGCGGCAUUCCUCGUCCUGGUCGAGACAUACGUCUUGGAGAUGUCGUUGUCAGUCAGCCUGAUGGGCAGAACGGUGGUGUGGUGCAGUAUGACCUGGGCAAGGCCAAAGUCAACCAGACCUGGGAGCGGAAGGGUGCUCUCAACAUGCCUCCGCCGGUGCUUCUCCACGCGCUUGGGAAAUUGCAGGCCGAACACGAAAUCGAAGAACCAAAAAUCACGGAGCUUCUACAAGAGCUGAUCAGAAAGUAUCCCCGAAUGAAGAAGCAUUAUGUCCACCAAGGCGGGGAGAACGAUCGACUUUUCUCAUCAGACCAUGAGCAUGCUGGGGGUAGUACCUGUGAUGCAUGCGAUUCAUCUCAACAAGUAAAGAGACCCGAGAGAGAUUCAACAGAUCCUGAGAUACACUAUGGCACUGUGGCAUCUGGCAACACUUUGGUCGAAGAUGCUGCUGUUCGAGACAUCAUCUUACAAAAGGUCGGCGAAGAGUGCCUGUGUGUCGAGAUGUGGGCGGCUGGCUUGAUGAAUACCUUCCCGUGCCUUGUUAUCAGGGGCAUUUGCGACUACGCCGACUCGCAUAAAAAUGACCGUUGGCAACGGUAUGCCGCUGCUACUGCAGCUGCAUUUGCAGUGGAACUACUUGGAUGUGUACGAGCAAGGCAACUUGAGGAAACGCCGAGUGCUCGGGAGCUCAUGAAAUCAAUUGCCACGGUUGACCAUAAGAUUACACACUUAAAGGAGUCAAUGGACUCUUCCCACUCAAAGAUGGUCCUGGACCGGCUCCCAACCGCCGCAGGAGCUGCCCACGAUUCUUCUGAUAGUUGGCUCCAAGCAACCUGUCUGGAAAAUACUCGGGUCGAUGUCCUACGUGAGAUUUCCGAGUGGGCUAGCGAUUCCGACUCGAACUCGACCACGCUGCGCUUGCUCAACGACAUGGCUGGCACUGGGAAAUCCACCAUAUCUCGAACUGUCGCCCAACGCUUAGCCGAAGAGGGGACCCUUGGAGGAAGCUUUUUCUUCAAGAAGGGCGAAACUGACUGA